UCAUCUUACCAAAUAAAAAAUUAUACACUUGCUAUAUAUAAACAUUAAACAUAAGUUAUAAAGUAAAAAACCAAUUUGUUUAACCUCAAUUCAUAAGCAUUACGCAUAAUUAACAUAUACAAGUCUCUUCCUAAGGCACCUAAUUAAGCUCCAUCUCAUCUCCACCAUGGACGAAACUCAUCACAACACAACCCUAAUCAUACUCAUUCUCUUUCUAACUAUUCACUCAUCAAUCUUGAGCCUCACCACCGCACACGAUGACUACACUUACUCAAGAAACUUAAAUCCCCAAAAAACUCUAGGUCUUAAUAAAAAGCAAGAGAAACUAACUCAUCUUCACUUCUACUUUCACGACGUGGUCAGCGGUCCAAACCCUACGGCCAUCCGAGUUGCCGAAGCCAAGACAACCAACACCUCGGCUGUGAGUUUCGGGUUCGUGGUUGUAUGUGACGAUCCACUGACUGUGGGACCUGAGCCAACCUCCAAGAAAAUUGGGAGCGCACAAGGAAUAUAUGCCUCGACAUCACAGACAGAGUUAAGUCUUUUAAUGGCUCUAAACUACGUUUUCACGGAAGGAAAAUAUAAGGGUAGCACUCUUAGCAUUUUGGGACGCAACGCCGUCCUUUCAGGCGUAAGAGAGAUGCCUAUCGUUGGUGGAAGUGGAGUUUUUAGGUUCGCAAGAGGCUUUGCUCUAGCCAAGACUUAUGUGGCUAACGCCACUACUUUUGACGCAAUUGUGGAGUACAAUGUUUAUGUCUUGCACUAUUGAUUGAUCACUAUAUAUGAUGAUGAUUAAAUUGUAUGUAUAUAGUGGCAAUUUCGUUGUGUACGUAUGUCUUGCAUGUUAUUGAUCUAUAUAUAAACAUUUAUGUUCUUGUUUAGAUGUUUGAUUAUGUGUUAGCAGUUAUGUCCAUGUAUUCCAUUAUUGAUGACCGUAUAUACAUUUACGUAUGUUAUUAUUUUUUUAAAAGGUUUCUGUUUAUGUAUAUUUUGGUUUAUGUAAGGGGAAGGGGAUUAUUGCCUAUACAGAACCAGUUUAAUUAUAUAGGAACAAUGUUGCAGUCCUACUUAAAAUGAUAACUUUGAGUCAUCACAUGGCUGCAUCGCGUUCUUCAAGGGUCCUAACCAAUCAACCCCGUAGAACCAUAUGGCUAGAACUAAAUUUUUUGGUUUAUAUAAAAUGAACUGCGAUGAAUACAAAUGAUAUUUUGUGUUUCGAUUGAUUGAUCAUAUAAUAUUUGUUUGGGGGGAGUUUCUUUUAUGACUUUACAAAUCAAUAAUCAAAGGUUGUCCAAUUCGGCAAUGUACGUUGACAUACAUAUAUAU